GGGCCUCUGUCUGAGCCCGCAGCGGGACUCUGUGAUGGAGAACCGGGCAGGGAACCGCGGAGGUGUCGGUGCUCUGAUCCGGUCGCGAUGAACCCGUUCGACGGCCCCGGUUCUCCCAGAGCCGGGGAGGCGGAGGACGGCGCGGACAGCCGCGGUCCGUGGACGCGCUUCUCCGCCUGGCUGGAGUGCGUGUGCGUGGUUACGUUCGACCUGGAGCUGGGUCAGGCGAUCGAGCUGGUUUAUCCUCAGGAUGUGAAACUGACUGAAAAAGAGAAAACCAGCAUCUGCUACCUGUCGUUCCCAGAUUCAUACUCAGGAUGUCUUGGGGACACGCAGUUCAGCUUCAGGUUGCGUCAGUCGGUCGGCCGCAGAGCGUCGAGGUCCAGAGACGACGUUUACAACCGAGAGGCUCCGGUGACCCUGCAGAGCGAAACGUCUCAUUUCUUCGGCUACGUCUAUUUCAGACAGGUGAAGGACGUCUCUGUGAAGAGAGGGUACUUCCAGAAGUCGCUGGUGCUGGUGUCCCGGUUGCCGUACACCCACCUCUUCCACUCGCUGCUGCAGAUCAUCGCUCCGGAGUUCUUUGAGAAGCUGGAGCCGUGUCUGGAAGCAGUGUGUAACGAGAUUGACCAGUGGCCUUCGCCCGAGCCCGGACUGACCGUCAACCUGCCGGUGAUGGGCGUGGUCCUGCAGGUGAGAAUUCCGUCAAAGUCAGACAAACCGGGAGGAAGUCCGGUGAGACAGACGGCUAAAGAGAACCUGCUGCCAGCCCCGACGCUGCUGCCGACCAUCCACGAGCUGGACCUGUUCAGGUGCUUCCAGUCCGUCCUGGUCCACCUGCAGAUGCUGUGGGAGCUCACGCUGCUCGGCGAGCCGCUGGUCGUCAUGGCGCCGUCGCCCACCGUCUCCUCGGAAACGGUGCUGGCUCUCAUAGGCUCCAUCAGCCCGUUGAAAUUCUGCUGCGACUUCCGUCCCUACUUCACCAUCCACGACAGCGAGUUCCGGGAGUACACCACCAGGACACAGGCGCCGCCCAGCGUCGUUCUGGGCGUCACCAACCCGUUCUUCAUCAAGACCUUUCAGAACUGGCCUCACAUCGUCAGACUGGCAGAGGUCCGGAUGGCAGGUGAUUUGCCCAAACAGGUGAAGGUGAAGAAACUCUCCAAACUGAAAACUCUGGACACCAAACCAGGGAUCUACACGGCCUACAAGACGUUUCUACACAAAGACAAGAUCCUCAUCAAGCGGCUCUUGAAGGGCAUCCAGAGGAAGAGACCCUCGGAGGCUCAGAGCGCCAUCCUCAGGAGACAUUUGUUGGAGCUCACGCAGAGCUUCAUCAUCCCGCUGGAGCGCUACAUGGCGAGCCUGAUGCCGCUGCAGAGGUCCGUGACGCCCUGGAAGACUCCUCCUCAGAUCCGGCCCUUCAGCCAGGACGAGUUCAUGGCGACUCUGGAGCACGCCGGCCCUCAGCUGACCUCGCUGCUCAAAGGCGAUUGGAUGGGGCUCUACAGGAAGUUCUUCAGGUCUCCGAACUUCGACGGCUGGUAUCGACACCGACACAAAGAAAUGACGCAGAAACUGGAGAGUCUCCACCUGGAGGUCAUCUGUGACGCCGACCUGCUGGGCUGGACCAAGGACAAGUCGGAGGUGGAGAUCGUGGACCUGAUCCUGAAGCUCAGAGAGAAGCUGGUGAGAGCUCGCAGGCAGCAGCUGCAGGUCAAAGACGGAGUUUUGGACAAACUGGAUGUUUUCAUCACGUCCAUCAUCGGCUCGCUGCCCGAAGACCUGCAGACGGUCCUGAACGCGCCGUGACGAGUUCAUUCACUACGAGACCGCCCCGUAUUUCCACAGCCACCUCACCCUGCCUCGCCUUUCACCUCUGACCUGACACAAACCUGACGCCAUCCAUGUCUUCUCUGGUUUUCUCUCCCGUCGGAACGACUGGAAGGAAAAACUAGGAGCUGCAUUUGUUACUAAUGUGAAGAAUGAAUGUUGCAGCUUUAUUUGACGUGUUUUGUUUUGAUAAUGUUCAACGGAUCAUAUUUGGAUUCAUGGAGAUUUUUAUGUUUGUUUUAGACAAAAAACGUUUUGUUUUGUUUUUUUUUAGAUUAAUUUGACGGCAGCAGAAAGAAGUAUUUUUCUAUCGUCGGAGUGAAUGUAACUUGAAUAAUCAGUAAUAAUGAUGUAGUUUACCUCGUUUCGUUUCUUUCCCCCCUAACCGGAGAGAUUUAUUUUGUUUUUUGGAAAUAAAAUCUGACUCACACGA